UCUCGUGAAGACAAGUUUAAAAAAACUGGUACUCCAAUUUGUAAAUUAUAUCAAGUUCAACAUUGGUACUAUUCAGUUGAUACUUGUACAAAUUGCUGUUUAAUAAAUAAAUAUAAUGAUAUUGUAUGUGAUUAUUGUAAAGCAAAUAAUAUUGAAUAUACUUUACCAAAAGAAAUUACUAGUCUAUUUGAAUUUGGUGAAUUUAGAGAAAUUGAAAAGAAAUAUACUAAAAAGAGAAAACUAGAUAUAAAUGAAUUGAAAGCUAAUGAACAUUCUAGCAAAAUAGAUAGUAAUGAAAUGUUGUUAGAUAAUAAAACUCCUCUUGAAAUUUUUAAAGAAAAUAAAAACAAAAUACCAUAUUGUUCAGAAAAAUCUGGUUUAGUUACUGAAUUAUUUUCUAGAGAUAAAGGAGAAUUAUAUGCUAAUAAACCAACAAAACAACAAAAUAAUUGGUGGAAUAGAUAUGAAGGUCAACAAGCGGUUCUUCUUGAGUUUUAUACAAAGAUUAAUUGGAACGAUAUGAUAAAUAUGUUGAAUGAUACACCAUAUGAUGUGGAAAUAAAACACAAAG